CUUCUCUAAAUAGAACGUAUUGUAAUCUUCUCGCAGUCCAACGUGGUUUCUUCUCAUAGAGUGCUGCUUCUUCUCUACACUUGUUUGCUUUAUGAAGUGUCAGUGAUGAAUUUGGAGCAAGAAAGGCCAUUUGUUUGCAAUGCCCCGGGCUGCUCACAGCGUUUUCCCACCGAGGAUCAUCUGAUGAUUCACAGGCACAAGCAUGAAAUGACUUUGAAGUUUCCAUCAAUAAAAAAUGAUAAUAUGCUAUCAGACCAGACACCUACGCCAACGCGCUUUCUGAAGAAUUGUGAAGAAGUGGGGAUCUUCAAUGAACUGGACUGCUCCAUUGAGCAGGAGUUCAGAAAGGCGCAGGAAGAGGAGGACAAUAAAAGGAACAUUUCGAUGCAUGGCUCAGCAGGACCAUCGUCACACCAGCCCCCCCACACAAGGAUGACAAACCACGACACCAGCAUUGUGAUUCAGCAAGCCAUGCCGUCCCCACAGUCCAGUUCGGUCAUCACACAAGCACCUUCGACAAACAGACAGAUCGGGCCCGUUCCUGGCUCGCUAUCUUCAUUGUUGCACCUUCGGAACAGACAAAGACAACCUCUGCCUGCCUCUAUGCCUGGGCCCCUCCCAGACCCUACCAUGCCUGGAUCCUCUGCAGUACUAAUGCCUAUGGAAAGGCAAAUGUCUAUGGGCUCCAAUAUGAUGGGAAUGCAGGGCCCAAACCUCAGUAACUCCUGUGCUUCACCCCAAGUCCCCACAAUGCAUUCAGAGGCGAAACUGAGGCUGAAGGCAGCCCUGUCACAUCACCCGGCAGCCAUGUCCAAUGGAAACAUGAACACAAUGGGUCACAUGAUGGAAAUGAUGUCAGCUCGACAGGAGCAGGCUGCUCACCAUCACAUGCACUCCCACCCUCACCAGCACCCGUCUCUGCAGCCUCCUCACCAUGCCUACCAGCAGCACCACCACCAUGCCCACCCGCCGCCCCAACACCACCACCAGCACCACCAGCAGCAGCAGCAGAGCCACCCGCACCACCACUCACACCCGCCACCACACCUGCACCACCACCAGACCUCCCCGCACCAGCAAAUCCAGUCCCAGGUGUCACCCGCGGCCCAGCAGAUGCAGGCAAGCCAGACAUUACAGUCGCCUCAACCCACUGGAGGCCGGAGGAGGAGGGUGGUGGAUGAAGACCCAGACGAAAGGAGACGGAAAUUUCUAGAAAGGAACCGAGCUGCCGCCACGCGUUGCAGACAGAAGAGGAAAGUGUGGGUGAUUUCACUGGAAAAAAAAGCAGAAGAACUAACUCAGACAAACAUGCAGCUUCAGAAUGAAGUCACUAUGUUGAAGACCGAGGUGACACAGCUAAAACAACUUCUGCUGACGCAUAAAGACUGUCCAAUCACUGCCAUGCAGAAGGAGUCACAAGGCUACCUAAGUCCAGAGAACAGUCCGCCAGGAAGCCCGGCCCCAGUGUGCUCCCAGCAGCAAGUCAUUCAGCACAACACCAUCACAACCUCCACUGCUGCCGUCAGUGAAGCUGUGGGCAACUCUGCGCUAAGCCAGCUAGCCAACCACAGAACAGACAUGAACCCGGUUCUUUAAAAAACUCACUGCAGGCCAUAAAUUGCUUUCAAAAAGCAAGGAUAGCAAAAAUGCCAUCACUUCAUUCAGGACUUUUAAAGAAAGAAAAAACAAACAAAAAAAAACUGAAGCCUGGAAUCAAACUUCUUAAUAGAUUUAUAUGUGUUUUUUAUAGUUUAAGUCUUGUUUUGUUUUGUUUUGUUUUCUACUUAUAGUUACAAGGGAAAUAUGCAAUUAAUACGUAUAUGAUAUUAAUCUGGGAAAUGCUUUCAGUCUUCCUCUAAUUUUCUGGUACAGAUCUAAGGAUUUAAAAAGGAAUAUUGUAGUGAUAUUCACAGCCAGUUAUCAGCUUCGAUUUAGCUAUCAAACAUGGCAAUCUGUUUUACUGCAACUGUUUACCAGCAUUUUGGUUGUAUCCAGAGAGUGUAUUGUUCUGUAUAUGUUUUCGUAUUUGUAUUGAGGGGGCUUCCUUUGGUGAACUUGUUAAACUUCAUUGGCUCAUUUAAUUUGGUGAUAGUUGAGAUUUCAGACCAUGCUUGUACAUUUUAUACAUUCUGCUGCUGAUAUUAUUGUCUAUUGGAGAGUAAGAGCGGUUAUUGGUCAUGCUUGUUACAAUGUUCAAAGUGAUACGUUUGUCUGACUUCUCAUAGUUCGUACAUGGUUUCACUACUACUGUAGGCGCUGUGUUAGAUCGGUUCAUAUUUUCAGCAGCACAUCCAAGCUAUGGUGGAUGUCUCUUUCACAACUUCUUCUCAUGCUUUAUUGUUUGAAGAAAUUGUUUUUUUUUACAUCACUGUGGUAAUACAGGAAAUACUGAGUCAUAUUUUCAAUUUCUCUCAUCACUAAAAAGGGAUUUUAACCUAAAUGUGUUUUAGAUGUUCUUAGUUUUUUUAACUACUGUACCUUUAAAUGUAAAAUAUUGCAUGUCCUCUUCUUACCAUUAAAAAUAUGGCAUUUUAUUGACAUAACGUGGUUCAGGGAGGGGUUUUGAAUAUGUGGAAGAGUAAUCAUCCAGUUAAUUAUUGAAUCUUAAAAUGUAGCCAUAGAAAUGUAUUUUGAAAUUGUCAGCCUGUUUCCUUAGUAUUACUCCAAUUGUAUGACAUGGGGGUUUAACUUCUAGAUUACAUUACAGGUAGAAAUGAAAGAUCCACAGCUCAGAUAAGCUCAUUGCUAUUUUAAUGUCCCUUAAUGUGGCGCUUGUGAUCAUCUCUCAGAAACUGCGAGUUUUAGUUAUGCAAAUGUCUGGAUGAGACAUACAAAGUGUGGCCAGGGAACAAGAGCACAAACUAGUUCUGUACCUCUACAGAUUGUAUUGUCUAACUGAUGUCUAAAACCACGGUGCCUGCAAGCCUACUUUGUGCUAUGCUGUAGUGUUUGCUGUCAUCCUCAUAGACCACCCAGUUAUAUACAGCAGCAAACAAUUCUCUACAUAGAACACAGGCAUUUACUCAGACCCUGGAAACUUUUUUGAAGCUUUAUGAAAAUAGCAAUUUUUUUAAAGAUAUGUUUUGUAUAAUAGAAAAUAAAUCAAACAUAUUAAUAUUGAAACAAAUAAUGAUAUUAAGGACCAACUAUGCAAAGCAGCUUACUGCUUAACAUUGUUUCAAAGACCUCUGCAUGGCUAACCACAAUGGAUUGCCUGUUUUUUUUGCAUCUCAAUCAUUUGUCUUUGUGGUGUGCCCCCAGGUUAUAUCUGUGUGUGUGAGCAUAGGAAGGCAUGGUUUCCGGGGGCAUUAGCUGCAGUAGGUACCCUGUCAGUACAAAUUCAUUCUUACAGUGCAUUUGGCAUGAGGUCUAAUCUUUAGUGUGCCUUUGCUAAAGCUGAACAACAACAAGGGUUUUUUUUGUAUUAAUACUGCAUCCAGUCAGCUUGUACGGUACACAAGCCAAGUAUUCAAUAGCAGUGAAUAAGCUCUGUAACAUCAUGUAUUACCUGGACCAAAAAACAUAUAAAUAGAUGCCAUGUAUUUAUUAUUUUGAAGUUUAAAAGUAAAUUAAUGCUAUGAAGUAAACUAAUAAUAAUAAUAAUAAUAAUAAUAAUAAUAUAAUAAUAAUAAUAAUAAUAAUAAAUUCACAUUCCAAAGGGAAACUGGGUUGUGUCUGACAUUUACAGAUCAAACUUGAUUUAAUGACAGUACAUUGAAAUACAGAGUUCAGAAUGUGUGUUGUGGAUGGAUUCAGUCUCCUGUGGGUGAAAGUUUUAAAGCAGUGUACAGUGUGCUUUCAGAAGGGCUCCAUCAAAUAAGAAAGCAGCCUUAGAACAAACUGUCUGGAUGUGCCUGGUUGUGUCUGUCCUGUAUAUAGAUGGGUUUUAUUUGUAUUCUUGUUGGGGCCAGUUCUUUAUCAUUCUCAAACAAAAACAACAGGAGAAAGAUGUUACAGACACAGUCCUGCCUCUUUAUCUGGAUAGUUUUAAGGAGACAUUGGCUUUCUCAUUCCUUGAAGUAUUCAAUAUUUGGUGCCUUUUCUGGCAAGCAGUAUUAUGUUGCUGAUAUUUGCCUACAGCUGCAGUUUACCACAGUGUUUCUCCACAGUUUUAUAUCAGUGUUUGAGUCUUGUUUUAUGAGAUUCAAUCUGUAAUCCAGACUCAACAGCUAUACGCAGGGAUCUUCUUACAGAGAAGCAUUUUAUAAUGAGACAUAAUGAAUGCUGGUUCACCUCAUUGUUUAGGCUUCUGCAGUUCUUGUCGUUCACAAGGCAAAAGCUAUUUUGCAUCUGAAAGUGGCAAGCCUUUUUGUUUGUUGAAAACUUACAAAGCAACUUAACUGGAAUGCAGUAAAAUAUCAAAUGUAGCUAAAACUAACACACCUAAACCGUAUUUUCUUUUAUAUUGUAUCUGUUUACACAUCCAAAGAGAUUACUUCUUUUAAUUUUGGUAAACCUGCACUGAUUCACACCAAAUUAAAAUGCAGAUGCAAGUUUGUAAAGAUAUAUAAUCAUUUAUUGGUACUCCUACUAGAUGUGCUCUGGUAGUAAAAUACAAAAAUGCUUUCUCAGAUAUCUGGUUCUGCCUACUAGUUUGCAUUAUUUUGGAAGCGCUCUCUGUGGGUACAUAUUAUUUAAUAUUUUUAGUAAGAUGUUCUGUUCAAUAGGUGGCAUUUCUCUCUCUCUCUCUCUCUCUCUCUCUCU